AUGUCGCGUUCUGGUCAACGGAUAACACUGCAAGCCCUCACACCCUUGACCAAUACAGACUCGUCUCCGCCUGCCAAGCCAGCCAGUCCACGGUCCACGAGGUCUUCAUACGAUACGAUGCACAAGACUGCCGCCUUGCGUGCAGCGCCGUCGAGCGCGCCCACCAAUGGCACCGACACCAUCACACCCAUAAACACCCCGCCCGAGACGCGGAUAUCAAUAUUUCCUUCAGAUGGCGUGCUCGGCCAACGCAUCACAUACGAUCCGCUCCUCGACUCGAAGUUGGACAAGAAGGCUCGCCAGUCGCGGCCGCCGACAUACAAACAAAUACUGGAUAAGGGCGACCCAUCUCCCCCUCCAGAUCCCCGUCUUGCCAUUGCUGGCUAUAGUACGGGUGCCUACGCGAUCAAGACUGUGGGACCAGCUGCGCCGAAGACGAAAUUGCGACUAGCGCCUUAUGUUGCAAAACCGUACUCUUUCGAUGCGCGCAUAUCUUGCGGCCCUGGGCCUGCCACGCAGGUGGUUGUGACUGGCUUCGACCCCCUGACGGCGGACGCGCAAUUGCGCGGCUUCUUCUCCACCUAUGGCGAGGUCGAGAAGCUGCAGAACCAGGUCCAUCCGGACAACGGCAGCCCUUUGGGAAUAUGUCUUAUCAAGUUCCGCGACACUGCGCCCAUGCGCAAUACACCGGCGAACAAAGCCUCGACAUCAGCGAAACGCGCAGAGCGUGAGGGUACAGGUCAGCGCAUUGGUACGGGCACGCAUCCGGUCAGGGUCCACACGGAUCGCGAAGGUAGAAGAUGCGCAAAGCUUGUGAACAUGGCGGUGCAGCAGACUCGUAAGGAGCAGGAGAAGCUGCGGGCUAAGCUGGCUGCGCAAACGGCCAAGGCCUCUGCCCCCUUGACACCGGCUGGCUUCGAUCUGCCAGCAAACGUACCUAAGGGGCCUUCCGGCAAAGGCACGCGCCCACCGAUACCGAUGCCUCGUGAGCCCUUGUCGCGCAAGGCAGCGCUUUCCUAUCUUAUCGAACGUGAGCCGAUCAAGCCCACGAUGAAGCGAACACCGUACUUGUUUAUCGCCCACCAAUACGUACCAGUGCUGAGCACCACUGUAGACCAUCUGAAGAGGCGUCUGAAGAACUUCAAGUGGAAUGCAGUUCGAUGCGAUCAGACCGGUUACUACGUCACAUUUGAAGAGUCGAAACGAGGAGAAGACGAGACUGUACGAUGCUUCCGCGAGUGUCACAUGCAGGCCUUGUUCACAUAUGUGAUGAACAUGGAAUGCAAUCAGUACGGCGACCCACAAUACGAGCGAAGCCCGAGCCCGGAGAGGGUCAUAGCGGACAAAAAGCGAAAGGCUAUUGAAGAGCGAAUUGCUGAGGAGGAAGCCGCAGACCUGGAGCUCGAGAAGAAGCAAAGGGCAGACUCGCUGGAUCCCGUCUUAGCAGCUCUUGAUCAGCUCAAGCAUGAGUUGUCAGAGAAGUUGCUUGGAGACAUCAAGACUCGCAUUGCGGGUCCUGCUUUGCUGGAUAUCAUGUCUUCAGAGCGCCAGGCCGCAAAGCGGCGAAAGCUGAACAUACAGGACCCACAGACAAAGGAGAACAGUAUGAGUCUACCUUCGAUGCUGACUCCUACGUUGGAUCCUUUUGCAGCAGCAACACCCAAAGGGCGCCAUGGAGGCUUUGGUGGGCGACGCGGUCGCAAUGCGCUUGGGCCUCUCGACCACAACAGGCGAGGAAAGAAGCCUCUUCGGGUUAUCAAUGCUUUCGCAGAUGAGCGCAGAAAGGCAUCCGCACCUAAACCAAAGAUUGCACGUGGUCUUCAUCGACAGAUGCUGGAGAUGUUCGAACCAGCAGAAGACUCGGAUGAUGAGGCUCGUAGUACACUCACACGUGGCACGGAGGAGCAAGAAAGUCGACCCAUCAGCCGCGCCCAUUCUACCGACGUCGAAGAUGAGGAGGAAUCCUCAAGAGCGCACCGCGCAAAGCGGCGACGCAUCGAAACUGGGUGGGGCGAUGACAGUGACGAAGAGAUGGACGACACACACGCUAGGAGUUUGCUUGCCCAUUGUAUUCACAAAGACCCUGAGAACAUGGCAGAGAAAGAGUUGGAACAAGUACUUGCUAUUCUUCCACGUUCUUCGCCGAUUUGGAAGAAAGCGGAUAAAGCACUCAAAGGUUUCAGGCGAUUGCGAAAGAUUGAACAAGAGGCAGACGCAAUUUUUGGGGUGGAAACACCGCCAGAAGACAAACUUGAGCCUACAGUUAUUGUCACUCAGGAUGACGAAGCUUCCAAACCCAUCGAAACCACUGAGAAGGAAGUACCUGCUCCGGCCAAGAAGGCUGUCGCAAAGCCAAAGAAGAAGAGCAAGAAGCAGCUUGAAGAGGAAGUGAAGGCUGCAAAGGCAGAGAUUACAGAAGAAGUUGCAGAAGUUGCGGAAGCCGUGGAGGAGGAGCUUGCUGAAGUUAAGAAGCCCGAACUAGUCACAGAAGUUUCUGUUGCGGAAGAAACUCCGGAUGAAGACGAUUGCAGCUCUGUCUACUGGGGUGUGUCCUCAGUCGAACCUCGGAAAACUGUGGAGGAUGAUCUCAGUGUGGUGAUGGACAUCGACGGCUGGCAACACAUGCUCAAGGAUGAAGAAGAUCUCAAGAACCUCAAAAUCGCCAUGCAGUCGAUCGAGGCUGCUAAGAUUCAAGAUGCGCAGUCCUGGGCUUGGAAGCAGAAGUCGAUCAAACACCUCAACAACUCUGGUGAGGCAGGUGUGUCACGCAAGGAGACCAAGAUCGAAGGCUACUACGUGUCCAAUCCCACUGGAUCGGCGAGAACUGAGGGUGUGAAGAAGAUUCGCGAGUCCGAGAAGUCGAAGUACCUACCUCAUCGUAUUCGCGUCGUCAAGGAACGCGAGGAACGUCAACGACGGGCGAAGCAGGAAGACAAGUCUGUCAUUUCUGUGGAGGGCUUCAAGUUCCAGACUGGUUCGCAGAAGGCAUCCACCGCCAACUCUCGCGCGAACCGUGCCAACAACCGUCGUAUGGUCAACGACAUCAACAUCUCCAAGGUUUCCGGCGCUGAAGGUGAUGCUUUGCGCUUCAACCAGCUGAAGAAGCGCAAGAAGCUCGUCAAGUUCGACCGCUCUGCGAUCCACAAUUGGGGUCUGUAUGCCGAGGAAAACAUUGCUGCAAACGACAUGAUCAUUGAGUACGUCGGUGAUAGAGUGCGACAGCGUGUCGCAGAUCUGCGCGAAGCCAAGUACGACAUGCAAGGAGUUGGUUCCAGUUACCUCUUCCGUAUUGACGAAGAUACGGUCAUUGAUGCUACCAAAAUGGGUGGCAUUGCGCGUUUCAUCAACCACAGCUGUACGCCAAACUGCACAGCGAAGAUCAUUCGAGUCGACAACUCGAAGCGCAUUGUCAUCUAUGCUUUGCGAGAUAUCAGUCAAGAUGAGGAACUUACCUAUGAUUACAAGUUCGAACGCGAGAUGGAUGCCACCGACCGUAUCCCCUGUCUUUGCGGCUCUGUUGGCUGCAAGGGCUUCCUCAACUGA